AUGCAAGGCUCUGGCAGUACUACAAUCUCUGCCACUUCAACUACUUCAACCACCGCUCCAAGUACGGCUCAAGGCUCUAUAGUAACUACAACAGCAGGCAGUUCUAUACUAUCCUCCACCCACACAUCAACUAGUUCUAGAGCCCAAACAUCCGGCGGUUCUGUUAUCUUAUUUAUAUCACCCCCAAACCAAAAGCGUGAUCUACUCGAAAGAACCGCAGGGUCCUUUGUUGGCGAGUCCGGCAGUGUUGAUGUUUGUACAAACGCUACUACUUUUAGUCUGGUAGCUGGGCAGCUUCUAUACCAAGGCAGCCCUCUUUACUAUAGAGGCGAGGCAUUCAAGGAGCUGGAGGGAAGAAAUGGAACUCUGCCAGAGGGUGCUAUUACGACAGCAUUCACUAGAGUGGGAGAAUACCUCCGGUUCAUUAACAGAGCCUUACCUAACGGCGAGGCAGGGUUCUGUGAGGAUCCGUUCGAUGGGCAAGUUAACUACAGAGUUGUCUACAGAGUUAACUAUAGACUCAAUAAGCUCAACUACAAAGUCAACAACAGAGUCAACAGAGCUAUUAACAAGCUUAGUUACAGACUCAACAAGCUUAACUAUAGAGUUAACUGCAAGCUCAACUGCAAGCUCAAGCUCAACUGCAAGCUUAACUGCAAGCUCAACGACAAGCUCAACGACAAGCUCAACUACAAGCUCAACGACAAGCUCAACGACAAGCUCAACGACAAGCUCAACGACAAGCUCAACGACAAGCUCAACGACAAGCUCAACGACAAGCUCAACGACAAGCUCAACGACAAGCUCAACGACAAGCUCAACGACAAGCUCAACGACAAGCUCAACGACAAGCUCAACGACAAGCUCAACGACAAGCUCAACGACAAGCUCAACGACAAGCUCAACGACAAGCUCAACGACAAGCUCAACGACAAGCUCAACGACAAGCUCAACGACAAGCUCAACGACAAGCUCAACGACAAGCUCAACGACAAGCUCAACGACAAGCUCAACGACAAGCUCAACGACAAGCUCAACGACAAGCUCAACGACAAGCUCAACGACAAGCUCAACGACAAGCUCAACGACAAGCUCAACGACAAGCUCAACGACAAGCUCAACGACAAGCUCAACGACAAGCUCAACGACAAGCUCAACGACAAGCUCAACGACAAGCUCAACGACAAGCUCAACGACAAGCUCAACGACAAGCUCAACGACAAGCUCAACGACAAGCUCAACGACAAGCUCAACGACAAGCUCAACUAUAGAGUCAACUGCAAGCUCAACUGCAAGCUCAAGCUUAACUGCAAGCUCAAGCUCAACUGCAACCUUAACUGCAAGCUCAAGCUCAACUGCAAGCUUAGCUGCAAGCUCAACUGCAAGCUCAACGACAAGCUCAACUAUAGAGUCAAUAGCAAGCUCAACUGCAAGCUCAACUGCAAGCUCAACGACAAGCUCAACUAUAGAGUCAAUAGCAAGCUCAACUGCAAGCUCAACUACAACUAG